AUGCACCGGCCAGAGGCAAUACGGUCUCCCGUGCUCCGCCAGCGGCAGCACAGAAUGUUGUGCACCGGCCAGCAGCAGCACGGCCUGCCUUGCACCACCAAGCGGCAGCAUGGAAUGUCGUGCACCGGCCAGGGGCACCUGGGUUUGCCUUGCACCGGCCAGCAGCAGUGCAGUCUACCCCAGUGGCUGCAUUCUCUGGGGUUCAUCGGCCAGAUGCAGCUCGGUCUGCUGUGCACUGGCCAGCAGCAGCACUGUCUGCCGUGCACCGGCCAGAAGGAGCAAAGCCUGCCAUGCUCCGGCCAGAGGCUGCAUGGCCUGCCAUGCUCCGGACAGAGGCAGCACAGACUACCGUGCACCAGCCAGAGGCAGCACGGUCUGCCGUGCACCUGCCAGCAGCAGUACUGUUUGCCAUGCACCUGCCAGCUGCAGCACGGUCUGCCAUGCACAGGCCAGAGGCAUCACAAUCAGCACUGCAACGGCCAACGGCAGUACGGUCUGCUGUGA